GCAAAAAGCUAUUUUUCUAAAUAUUUUCUUAAUGCCGAUUAAAAAAGAAUACAUGGAGCAGAAUUUCACGUAAGCUUGACCAGGCAUCUUCUGAACUUUCCUGCAAUGUGACUGAUCGAAAUCCUGUAUCCUGGUGUUGAAUAUUUGUGAUUCAUAUUGAUAGCUAACACAUUACUAUUAUGCGCUGAUUGAUAAAUAUCCCGAAUGUCCAGUUCAAGGUUAGAUGACAGUAUCCAUAUAUGGAUACUCGAAACGAGUGUAGUGGACAUCAAGAUUCAGGAACCGGAAUUCUGUCAUCGUGGUCUUUUAUGGGUAAGGGAUACCCAGAACCAAGCACUCUAUAUACUCUUAUUUCUUUAUUUGAUUCGUUAGUCUAUUCACGUAUUUGCAUCUGAUGUCCGUUGUGUUUCCUCAUCCAAAUAGUUAAGUUAAACAUGAUCUGGCUGUUAAUGCUGUUGUAUGCUAUUGUACAUUUACGAAAUGUACAAUGUUUCGCUCACUAUUCUACUCACUAUCUUCAACACAGUGAUCAAUCCCUAGCACGAAAACCAAGACAAGCUACUUUUGAAAAUGAUGAAUCACUCAACAGCAAUGGAGGUAUCUUGUUCCCAACCGAUGAUGACAAUGAUCGUUUCCAAAAGCCUGAGACUAGUUUUCAGAACAGGGACGGCUCUUGGAAUAACAAUCGUAGGUUCCAGAAUUCAAGAAAUAGGGGGCAGUGGUUCAAAAAUGGUGGUCAGAAUAAUGAAGAUCAAAACGAUGGCAAGUGGUUUCAGAAUGAAGGAGGACAUUUUCACAAUAAUAAUCGAGAUUUUUGGAAAAGAACCACGACACCAAGACCAAGAACCACAACGGUACCAAUUCCAGGAUCUGCGACAAGAAGAAGUACUUGCGAAGACCAAUGUAGAGCCACGAUGGAAUAUAAUCCAGUGUGCGGCACUAACUUGGUCACCUAUACUAACAUGCAGUGGUACAAAUGUGCUCUAAGAUGCGGCAAAAGUAAGAGGAACUAUUUUCACUGAGAGUAUUUUCAAAUUUCAAAAACGUGGAGCCGGCAACAAAAAAAGAAUUAGAAAAAAGUCGGUAAGCCAAGGAUUAGAGUGGAAACAGAACGGUAACUUCAUACAACCAGGGUGAAACCGAAACUGUCGAUAAUAAAGGCAAGUUAUUUACUAUAGCAACUGCCUCCGAAAUAUAUUUCAGUUCUGCGCGUGUGGCAUCUCUUAUAUCUGCAUCUCUCGAUUGCUUUCGUCAUGAACGUGAAAUGUAAUCAAUUCCAGUUUUGAGAGCUCAGACAAGUUUCAAGCAGAUAAUAUGAUGAUUGGUAUCAAUAAACCGAGAAAGCAUCGUAAACCGCAAGUGAAAACCAUUAUUUACAUUAGAUAAAUAGAUCAAAAUAAAGCUUGCGGCAGGUUAGGUUGACAUCUUUGAUGUGCAUGUAUAUGAAUGCGUAGAAGCUCUACGUGCACUACAAUUCCGAGAGCCACACCUUCCUCAAUGACAGUAUAUUGACCACAUACAAAUGCGUGCCUUGGCAUAGGAAGUUUACCCUCCAGUUUCCACGUUUCCAGUUAUAGCCACAAAACGCAUAAGAAUGAUUUUCUCAAAGUCAAAACAAAAGAAAAAACAUUUGAAUAAGUUAAUAUGACAGCUAUCAUUUCCUAUUCCCAUUCCCUCAUAUAUGGGUCAUUCUGAAACUAUUCAUUUUUCUUUUUCCAGGGAUUGAUAUACUUGCAUAUAGAGCAUGUGCACGAUUUCGAUAAGUCAAAAUAGAAUGUGUACCUACCAGAAUGAGACUGAAUAAUUUUGUAAAUAUACAAUAUUAUAAGCACAAC